AGCACUUCAUCGUUUCCUUUGCCAUUUUCUCCAUUUUCACUUUUGGUUUACAUAAACGUAAACGACAACUACACACACGUAUGGGGACGUUUUCUGACGUUUACACGAUUGUGAACACGUGUGCUGCUUUUACACAACUGAAAGUUUAAGAGUUUUAUUUACCUAGGGCUUUUUUCGCGUUCUCUUUCUCGUCUUCCGCAAUUCUGCGAGGUACCUCAUUUUGCGUGAAGGAACAUUUCCGAGAGGACUUCAUAGUUUCAUACUUUAUCAUCUUCAGAGGCAGCUUUCCGGCGCCCCUCACUUUCCACCUUCACAACGACUGUGCAAUCAGACCAUCCCAGCCCAAAUGUCCGCACCAGCGCGGCAUUUGAGCAGGCGCACGUUGACGGCGAGGAGCCAUUGACGUCGAUUGAGGUGAAGCAGCGUCCUGAAACGCCUGCAGAGGAGCCACAUGAAGAGGACGCAGCUGACCACUCCGACCCUCCGCCUCCGUUUUUCAGCUGGAGGAAUGCCCCACUAAUUGCCGUGCCUGGAAUUGGUGGUACGCUGAACGGGUGCGCUAUCGGCUUCAUUGGCGCCUACGCGCAGAUGUACAUUAUGGGCACCGACUGCUCCCUCUACCGAGGUGGGCGGACGGCCUGUGAGACGCUUCCUUACUCAGAUUGCAAGUGGUUCGACGACGACGCCGGCGGCUACUGCGGGUGGUACACCAUAACGUGUCGAAAACAGUACGCGUGGGGAAACAGCUCCGCCGACUUCAUCCCUGAAACGGUCGCGCGGUCGGCCUGUCUUGCGGACAAGCGGUGCACGUGGUCGUACAGCGACCAGCAGUGCGAAAACCCGGCUGGCCUCACCACCGGCAACCACGGCCUCUUCGCUGGCUCGCAGGUCGUAGGCAGCUGCAUCGGCGCCUUCUUGGCGUCGAUGCUCGUGCCUCGAAUCGGCUCCCGCAUCUCGUUUGUGAUCAUCGGUAUGAUGCAAUUUAUGUGCUGCGUCAUGAAGUACGUUUCGUGUGCUGAGGACGAGUUUUGGGUGCUCAUUCCCGCUCGCUUCGUGAUUGGCCUGAGUCUCGGCCUCACCAGCGUUGCCUGCCCGCUGUACGUGGACCAGAAUGCCCACCCGGCGCACAAGCGGCAGCUAGGCUCGCUUUAUCAGACCUUUACCUCUGUUGGACAGCUCAUCGAGGCGACCAUGGCUCUCGGUGUCGGCCAAAGCAUUUGGGUAGAUACGAACAAAGAUCAGCACGUGAUGGGUCGUAUUCAGAGCCUCGUUGGUUGCUUGAUGGUGAUCAGCAUCUUUAUGAUUUGCCUUGGCAUCUUCAGCAAGGAGACGCGCGCGAAAUUCAAUAAUGAAAAGGCAGAAGAUGCGGUCCAGCUGAACGCGAACGAAUUCAGCUAUCGUAAGAUGCUUCCGCGGCUGAUGAUGGGCACCGUCAUUGCAUGCACCCUGCAGAUGACCGGCAUCAACGCCAUCAACAACUUCGCACCGACGAUUAUGGGCAACCUCGGUGUAGCUCCGUUGGUGGGCAACUUCAUCGUAAUUGCGUGGAACCUCGUGACGGCCAUCGCCUCUUUCCCUCUCGUCUCUCGCUUCUCCAUGCGGCGACUCUUCCUCACUGGGGCCCUUUUCAUCUCGUGCAUGUGCAUGUUUUUGUGCGGCAUUCCGGUGUACCCUGGCGUCACAAAGAGUACGCCGGCCAAACACGGAGUCGCUAUCGCGGGUAUUCUUCUGUUCGUGAUGGGCUACGAGCUGGCUGUCGCGCCGUGCUACUUUGUGCUUACGCAAGACCUUUUCCCGCCCUCCUUCCGGCCCAGAGGUGCUUCCUGGACGCAAGUUUCCAUGUACAUCUUCAACGUCAUUAUCAACGUCUGCUUCCCCAUUGCGGUGGAGGAUCUCUCUGGUGGACCGUCCGGCAAUCAAGACAAAGGCGAGUCCAUCGUCUUCAUGUUCUUUGGCGGUAUUGGUCUGAUUUGUCUUGUUCUCGAGUACUGCUUUCUGCACCCGUGGGAGGAUGGGCCGGCCGGGACGCUUCCAGCUCCGGAGAAGAGCGAAUCCCAUAAAACACCUCCUCACGCAGACAAUGAGCCUCACACGAUUGAAUUGGACGUUUACCACGACUCUAACAAUAGCUCACGGUAG